AUGGCCAGGAGGCAGCCCCAGGCGCGGCCAGGGUGUCGCUGGGCGGCACGGGCCGCUCCUGCGGAGCCGGACACCCAGGUGCUGCAGAGGGCCGCGGUGUCUGCGGCCGUCCUCAGCGUGGCCACCAAGGUGCCCGUGAGCACCAGGGAGCACGCCAGGGGCAACGCUGUGAGUGGCUACUGCGUGAUGAUGCUGCCAGCCUGGACUCUGCCGAGGAAAGAGGCACCAGAGGCAGGGGCGCGAGCUGCAGGACAGGGCUUCCUGGGAUGGCUCUUUGAGGACGUCACCGCUAAAGAGGACCUGAGGAGCUUGCUGGCUGAACAAGCCAACCAGAUGGAGCUCCUCAAGGGGCAGGUUGUGCGCCUGAGUGCUGAGAUCAGCAGUGUGAAGCAGGACGUGCAACAAAUGAGAGAGGCCCUGCUCGACGAAGGCCACGUGCAGCUCUCUGACUGGGCUCUGAAGAGUUCAGGAGCUGCCAUUGAUGUGCAGAGGACUUCCCCCACUUACGCCCGGGCAGGGAGUUGGCUCUGCAAGGUCUUCUGGUUGCUGUGUGCUGCCAACCCGCCAGAUACCAUUCUGCAGCCUGACGUGACACCGGGACAGUGCUGGCCCUUCCAGGGCUCCCAGGGGCACGUGGUCAUUCAGCUGCCCGCCCRCAUCUGGCCAGCUGCUGUCACUGUGCAGCACAUUUACAAGGCUGUCUCGCCGAGCGGCACGGUCAGCAGCGCCCCGCGAGACUUCAGUGUUUCUGGAAUGCAGAAGGAGGGCGAGGAAGAAACUCUCCUUGGCUCCUUUACCUACGAUGUGGACAAAGAGGCCAUUCAGACCUUCCCUCUGCAGCAGAAGCUCGGCAAAGCCUUCCAGUAUGUGAAGCUCAAGGUACAGAACAACUGGGGAAACGCAGAGUACACCUGCAUUUACCACGUGCAGGUUCACGGGAAGGUGGCUGGAUAG